UGAGUAAUGAAAACUGAAGGGUAAUCUCUGGGCUGAUUCUUGUUGGACAAGCAGGGGAAAGGUUGAACUCUUUUUGUUCUGUAACAGCAGACAAGACAGAACGUCUAAAGAGGCGACAUUAUCACUCUUCCAGAUGAGCUUGAGAGGACCAAUGUGGAAGACGUCUCCAGAAGAUUAUUUAGAAUCUGAAGUUAAACUCUAGAACAAUACAGAUCAACUGCAGGUUUGUGUGACUUGUCCACAAGAAUUAAAACUUAAAAUCUUUAUAGCUUUGAGAAUCAGCCAGUGUUUGUGUUCUGCGGUGUUGUGAAAGAAAGGCAUCUCCUCUAUUUGCUGCCGGUCAAGUGGAAUGGAAGAAACAUGUCUGCUGCUCUAGAGAAAUAUUGUGGUUCAGUUUUUUGGAAUUCCUCAUACCUGCAGCGUCCAGACCCUGAUUUGCCGGUGUGUGUUGAGAAGACUGUGCUGGUGUGGCUUCCAUUAGGUUUUCUGUGGCUUUGUGCUCCAUGGCACUUGGCUAGUCUGUGUAAGAAAUCAGCCAAAGCUCCACUCUCAAAACUCUACAUCUGCAAACAGAUUUUGGUUGGCCUCCUGUUUCUGACAGCGAUAGCAGAGCUCGCUCUUACUCUUGGUGAAGAUUAUGGACCAUCAAGUGAUUCCACCAUUCAAAAAAAUCCAGCAGUGCUUUAUACGAAUCCUGUUCUGUUUGCAGUUUCAUGGAUCGUUGUUAUGCAGUGCCAAGAGUCUGUGCGGCACAGAACGACAGCGGUGGACUCCGGCAGCCUCUUCCUGUUCUGGCUGCUUCUAGUGGUGUGUCAGGUCUUCCAAUUUCAGACUUUACUGAGGGAUGCAUUGAGCCAGGAGGAGAUAGCUGAUCUUCCACGGUUCUGCCUGUUCUACAUAAGCUAUGGACUGCAACUGAUCGCAUUUGUUUUAUCAGCCAUUGCUGAUGUUUCACCUGAAGUUAAAAAACUUUUAAAAAAGAAUCCCGAAGCUACAGCAACUUUCCUCAGUAGAAUCACCUUUAACUGGUUUAACAGCAUGGUCUUCAAAGGUUAUAAGAGGCCUCUGGUUCAGGAGGACAUGUGGGAUCUGAAUGAGAAAGAUUCCACUCAUUCUAUCUGUCAGCAAUUUGAGGAGGUUAUGAGCAAAGAACUGAAAAAAUCUCACAGUGUCCUACAGAAGAAAAAAUCAAAACGAAGGACUGAUCAUCAUCAGAAUGGCUUAGCCAAAGGAGUCAGUCAGGAUGUUCUAGUUAUGGAGGAGACUGGAAAAAAUGCCGAAAAAAACAAGAAAAAGAAAGAGAAAAAGGUUUCUGAAUCAGACUAUCCACAUUCCUGGCUGGUUCCUACCAUUGGUAAAACAUUCAAAGGUGUGCUUAUUAAGUCAGCCCUCUUCAAAUUGAUGCAAGAUCUUCUAUCAUUCGCCAGCCCACAACUUCUCAAGUUAAUGAUAUCCUUCACUCAGGACAAAACAAUUCAUGCAUGGAUGGGCUACUUGUAUGCAGUUCUGCUUGUGUUGGUGGCUUUUUUACAGUCUGUAUUUCUACAACAGUAUUUCCAGCGAUGUUUUGUCCUGGGUAUGAAAGUACGCACAGCUAUCAUGGCUGCUGUUUACAAGAAGGCAUUAGUUGUUUCCAAUGACUCUAAAAAAGAGUCAACUGUUGGAGAGAUUGUCAACCUGAUGUCAGCAGAUGCCCAGAGGUUUAAUGAUGUCACCAACUUCAUCCACUUGCUAUGGUCAUGUCCACUGCAGAUCAUUUUGGCCAUAGCUUUCCUCUGGAUUGAACUGGGUCCAUCAGUCUUAGCGGGUCUGUUAGUCAUGGUGCUGAUGGUGCCCAUUAAUGGUUGGCUGGCAACCAAGUCCAGGGGCUUCCAGAUGGAAAACAUGAAAUUUAAAGACAAGCGCAUGAAAAUCAUGAAUGACAUACUGAACGGAAUAAAAAUUCUGAAGUUUUAUGCCUGGGAGACGUCUUUUGAGGAUCAGGUUCUGGGGAUUCGAGAACAGGAGUUGAAGGUGAUGAGGAAAUUUGCCUACCUCUCAUCUGUCUCCACCUUCAUAUUUGCAUGUGCUCCAGCUAUUGUGUCUCUGGCAACCUUUGCUGUAUUUGUGUCUGUGAGUUCUGACAACAUUUUGGAUGCAGAGAAAGCUUUUACCUCCAUCUCACUCUUCAAUAUCUUGCGUUUUCCACUGGCCAUGCUUCCACAGUUGAUUUCUAUAAUGGUUCAGACUAGUGUAUCUAAGAAAAGACUCGAGAAAUUUCUGGGUGGAGAUGAUCUGGACACAAUGGCAGUUUCACGUGACAACAGUUACAGUGCGGCAGUGAGCAUGACUGAUGGCACGUUUGCCUGGGAAAGAGACAGUGAGCCAGUCCUGAAAAAUCUAUUUCUGGACAUUAAUGCGGGUCGUCUGGUGGCAGUGGUUGGGGCUGUGGGGUCGGGCAAGUCAUCGCUGAUAUCAGCUCUACUGGGAGAAAUGCACAACCUCAAGGGUCACAUUAAUAUCAAAGGGUCUGUGGCAUAUGUGCCUCAGCAGGCAUGGAUACAGAAUGCUACACUAAAAAACAACAUCCUGUUUGGCUCUCAUCUGGAUGAGAAACGAUACCAGGCUGUAGUGGAUGCGUGUGCCCUCCGACCAGACCUGGAUCUUCUGCCAGGAGGAGAUCAGACUGAGAUCGGAGAAAAGGGCAUCAAUCUGAGUGGGGGACAGAAACAGAGAGUGAGUCUGGCCAGGGCGACUUACAGUUCAGCAGAUGUGUACCUUCUAGAUGACCCGCUGUCUGCUGUAGACUCACAUGUGGGAAAACAUCUGUUUGAGAGGGUGAUUGGGCCCAAUGGACUGCUCAAAGAUAAGACUCGUAUCCUGGUAACACAUGGAGUUAGCUUCUUGCCGUAUGUAGAUGAGAUUGUUGUGUUGGUGGAUGGGGUUGUAUCUGAGAUAGGAUCAUACAGCAGUCUUCGAGCCAGCAAAGGAGCUUUCUAUGAAUUCCUGGAAACUUAUGCUAAAGAGGAAAGCAGCAAAGCUGAUGACAGGAAAGCUAUGGAGUCAGACUAUGAAGAGAUCGACACACUGCCGGAGAGUUUGGAGCCACAGGCUGACAGUUCUCCUGAUGAUGUCAUCUCAAGCACACUAAAGAGAGAAAAUAGCUUGCGCUACAGCCAGCGUCACACUCAGCACAAUGGAAGUGUGAGACUGAGGAAAAAUAGCUCUCUCAGAGGUAAAAAAGACUCCAAUGACAAGACGGGACAGCGACUGAUUGAGAAGGAGGCGAUGGAGACAGGAAAGGUGAAGUUUUCAGUGUAUCUCCAGUAUCUGAGGGCUAUGGGCUGGUGUUAUGCCACCUGGAGUUUCCUAGUCUACUUUAUUCAGAAUGUGGCCUUCAUUGGUCAAAAUCUGUGGCUCAGUGACUGGACCAAUGAUGCUGUUAAAUAUUUCAACACAACCUACCCGUCUCAUGUUAGAGACACCAGAAUAGGUGUCUUUGGAGCCCUCGGAAUAGCACAAGGUUUCCUUGUGUUUAUAGGGACAAUACUCCUUGCUGAUGGAUCAAUUUCUGCAUCUAGGUCUCUACACACACGUCUGCUGUCUAAUAUUCUGAGAGUACCCAUGGUAUUUUUUGAUACCACACCUUCAGGACGGAUAGUCAACCGCUUUGCUAAGGAUAUAUUUACUGUGGAUGAGAUGAUCCCCAUGUCCUUCAAAUCCUGGGUCCUCUGUCUUCUUGGAGUUUUAGGAACCUUGUUUGUGAUCUGUCUGGCCACCCCAUUCUUCACUGUAGUUGUUGUACCAAUGGCUGUUAUCUAUUACUUUGUGCAGAGGUUCUAUGUUGCCACGUCCAGGCAGCUCAGACGAUUGGACUCUGUGUCUCGAUCUCCCAUCUACUCACACUUUGGAGAAACAGUAUCAGGCCUCUCUGUGAUCAGGGCAUAUGGGCACCAGCAGCGUUUCUUAAAGCAAAAUGAAGACACCAUUGAUGAGAAUCUUAAAAGUGUCUAUCCUUGGAUUGUUUCUAAUAGAUGGUUGGCCAUGCGGUUGGAGUCUCUGGGGAAUCUGGUGGUGUUUUUUUCAGCGAUAUUUGCUGUAAUCUCUCGUGACUCUUUGGAUAGUGGACUGGUUGGAUUGUCCAUCUCGUAUGCCUUAAAUGUGACUCAGACUUUGAACUGGCUUGUGAGAAUGACAUCAGAAUUGGAGACCAAUAUUGUUGCAGUGGAGAGAGUGAGCGAGUACACAGAGAUAAAAAAUGAGGCUCAGUGGUUCACAGAGAAUCGUGCUCCUGAAGGCUGGCCAACCGCUGGGAAAAUUUGCUUUGAAAACUACAAGGUUCGCUACCGCCCCGAAUUGGAGCUCAUUCUCCAUGGAAUCACAUGUGACAUUGACAGCACUGAGAAGAUUGGCAUUGUUGGUAGAACUGGCGCAGGCAAAUCUAGUCUGACCAACUGUUUGUUUCGCAUUAUCGAGGCUGCAGAAGGUCGAAUCCUUAUUGAUGGUAUUGACAUCUCAACGUUGGGGAUCCAUGAUCUCAGGAGCAGACUUACCAUCAUUCCACAGGACCCAGUGCUCUUCUCGGGAACUCUGCGGAUUAAUUUGGACCCAUUUGAGAAGUUUAGUGAUGAGGAGAUUUGGAAGGUUCUGGAGUUGGCUCAUCUGAAGGAUUAUGUGGGGGGUUUGCCAUCAGGACUUCAACAUGAGGUCUCAGAGGGGGGUGAGAAUUUAAGUCUUGGACAGAGACAGCUGCUUUGUCUAGCCCGGGCCCUGCUCAGGAAAUCCCGUAUACUCAUCCUGGAUGAAGCCACAGCAGCCGUGGAUUUGGAGACAGAUGAUCUCAUCCAGAGCACCAUCCGCAGAGAGUUUUCCCAUUGUACUGUGCUUACAAUCGCACAUCGCCUGAACACCAUUUUGGACAGCUCACGGGUAAUGGUCCUGGAUUCUGGUAAAAUUGUGGAGUUUGAUUCACCCAGUGCAUUGAUGAACCAAAAGGGGCAUUUCUAUUCAAUGGCUAAGGAUGCUGGAAUCUCAGCAAAAGAGUACACUGCAUUAUGAACAUGGAUGUAGUUCUCUAUUCUAAACCCAUGACAUAAAGUUUAUGUUCCUAUUUUAAAGCUAUUUACAAGUAUACAGGAGCAAAAAUGAUAAAAUGUUUAAGAAUUACAUUACUGUUUCUCUUGCAAGUGAUGUUUAGAUAAUAACUUGCUCUGUGUUAAGACAUUAUAAAUGUAAUCUGUGUAUUUUCUUUUCUAUACUGAUGUGUUGUUUGUUAGACAUGGAUUUGUGUUGUGGCAAUAAAGUCAGUCAAGUUUGUAUGUACAG